CCGGGCGGGCGGCGGCCCCGUGCCCGCUUCCCCGCGGCGGCGGGGUGUCCCGCCGGCGGCCUCGGAGCGACCCCCCCAAACAUGUCUCGGGAGCGGAAGGGCCUCUCGGAGCUGCGCUCGGAGCUCUACUUCCUCAUCGCACGCUUCCUGGAGGACGGCCCGUGCCAGCAGGCGGCCCAGGUGCUGAUCCGCGAGGUGGCCGAGAAGGAGCUGCUGCCGCGGCGCACCGACUGGACCGGCAAGGAGCACCCCAGGACCUACCAGAACCUGGUGAAGUAUUAUAGACAUCUAGCACCUGAUCACUUACUGCAAAUAUGUCAUCGACUAGGACCUCUUCUUGAACAAGAAAUUCCUCAAAGUGUUCCUGGAGUACAGACUUUGUUAGGAGCUGGAAGACAGUCCUUGCUGCGCACAAAUAAAAGCUGCAAGCAUGUUGUGUGGAAAGGAUCUGCUCUGGCUGCGUUGCACUGUGGAAGACCACCUGAGUCACCAAUUAACUAUGGUAGCCCACCCAGCAUUGCGGAUACUCUGUUUUCAAGGAAGCUGAAUGGGAAGUAUAGACUUGAGCAACUUGUUCCAACUGCAGUGUAUCAGCACAUGAAGAUGCAUAAACGAAUUCUUGGACAUUUGUCAUCUGUGUACUGUGUAACUUUUGAUCGAACUGGUAGACGGAUAUUUACUGGUUCUGAUGACUGCCUUGUGAAGAUCUGGGCAACAGAUCUUCACAAAAUUUAGGAAAACAAUUUCAUUGACCUAUAUCAAGGUAGAUAGAUUCACAUAUACACCACAUAAUAGUAUUUUGCAUUUGUGUUUUCACUUAUAUUAAAAUCUUGCUAUAUCAAAGUAAUUUCCCUGGGAAGUUAAACUGGCAAGGCCAUGAUUGUAGCACUUCUUUGCUCUUUGGUCCUGUGUUUUGUAUACCAUAAUCCUUAAGUAGAUGAAGUAGGAAGAGGAUGUGCUGUAAUUUACCUACGCUGGCUGCCUCAUAGCUAGUUCUUAGAAUAGGGAAACCAUGUAUCCAUUGAUUCCACAGAAUUUAAAAUGGCUAUUUCUGACACUUAAGCUAGAAAGUCAUUCAGAUUAGAAGUUAUAUGGUAGUAAUUAUGUGUUUUUAAAUUAUCAAUCCAAGCUGUACUAUUUAAUAAACAGUAGUGUUUAGAUAAUUCCAUUGCAAGGCGUGUGUCUUUAACUUUAUGUGUAUAAACAUUCCUGUAAGUGAUUUAUUGCAAGUCAUUAGGGGCUACAGCAGCUUGAGUAACAUAAUAAAAGUGUAUUUCAUAUGAAGAAAAGAUUGUGAAAAAUACUAUUCUUUGGACAAAGCAAGUUGAUUUCACCUUAAUUGCAUUCUUGUUUGUAUGGACAUAAAUAUUAAGAGAAAUAAUUUUCUGCUGUUCUCUCAUUUUUUAUAGGCAUUUCUAUUUUAAUUGCUACUGCAUACCUGGUUGUACCAUACUUUGCUCUGAUUUUUCUAUUUUUGCUCAUUAAAGUUUUAAUAAGUUUUAGUAUGCUUUUCUUUUACAGUUACUCUUUGAAAUUUUUAAGCUAGAGUCAGAUCCUUAGAUACAGGCUUUGAGACACCUGUGUUGUGUCUACACAUAGUGAUAACUGUCCAAAAAAAAUUAGUAGGCUAUAACUUGUUACUGUAUUUGUUAGAUACAUUUUAAUAAUCAAAGGCAGAAGUUGUAUUGUGCUGUAAGGCUUUUAUAUAAUCUGCUUGGGGACAUGGCUUCAGAAACCCAACUGCCCACAUUAAUGCAAAGAAUCAGUUCAACUUUGAAACUCAGAUCUAUUCAUAAAUUCAUUUUUAUUUUAUAUAGGGUUUAUGUGUAUAUUAACUCCACCCGGUAAAGGUACUCCUUCUGAGAUGGGUAAUCUGAAUAGCUGGAUGAUUCACAACUAGCCCAGGAAAUCUUUGGGGAGAAGAAAGCUGUCUGAGCCUAUUUAGUCUGGGUGUAAGGAGAAUAGGAAUCCUAAAAUAUGUAGGUAAUGAUUUAUGAAUUUUUUAAGCAUUCGGUCUGCUGAGCUGUUAGUAAGUACUUUCCAUUUGUUACUGUAUUGGUCCUUGCAACCACCUGUUAAGAGAAUUAUUGUCUUUUAAUACACAAGCAGUCCACACCAUUAUCCAGUAGUGGUGAAAUCAGCAUUUGAAUACCAUCAGGACCCCUUCUUAAUGUGCCAACUAAAUAGUGAUUAUUCAUUAAUGGAAUGUAUAGAACUUGUUAAACCUGAUUAAAAUAUUAUUAAAAUAAUAAUUUGUGUGUGUGUGUUAGGCACUGUGCUGACCACUUCGCAUGGGUUAAACUCAUUUCAUUCCCCCCAGCAACUCUGAGAUGCCUUCUGUUGAUACUCUCAUUUUUGCACAGAGGAGACUAAGGCUCAUAAAUGUUAAUUUUAUGUUCACCUGUUAGGUGGUGGCAGAGAGAAAACUUGAACUAGGAACUCUGAAGAUAUUUUAAAAUAUUUCCUCAAAUAGGCAUCUACAAAUAAACUUUUUACCUGCUGGGUUUUUUUCUCCUUAGAAAACAAACUUUUUUUUUUGUAUUAAAUUCUUUUAUUGGUACAUUGUAGGUAUACAACACAAUAACAAACUUUAAAAAUGACAGGUCUGUAGGAUUAUUUGCAUACUUUGGUAGUAAGUUCCAACUCGUGUUUGCUCUUGUGGGUUCCAUCCCCUUUUCUUAGUGUUAUUUGGGAUUGAACCCAAGUUCUUGCUCAUGCUAGGCAAGCCAUCUGCCACUGAGCCACAUCCCCAACCCUUAGGGAUAUUUUAAUAAACGUCUAUUUCUUUAAGUGAGUUCUGUUGUACUUAGCUAUGUCAGAGAGCCUGUAUUAAGAAAGGCUGUUAUAAAUGUCAAUUUAAAACAAUUUAUUUACAGAUGUACUAAUACCAAGUUAGUUAGGUUCAUUCUCUAUCAGUAAAAAAGGCUAUCCUUAUAGCUCAGAAUGAUAUAUGUGAUAGAUCAGAAAUAUCUAUAUAUUUUUCUCUAAAUUAUAGAACCAAAGUCCUUUAUGGACUGUGAAAGUUGAUGCAGUGCAUUUGGACUUAAAGUCCUAAUUUUGCAUUUCUCUCCUCUAACAAGUUGAGAAAAAUUAGGUCAAAAUGUAUAGUAAGUAGUGCUUCAAGAAUAAUCAGUGUAUUAGAGCAAUAUAUACAUCUUGUUACUUGUACUGGAGCUAUUGUCAUGGCUACUAUAAUUUUCUUUAAUGUUGAAUGUAGUAAUGUUGUAUUAAUGCAAUUAUUGAAUGUAGCUUAUUUUUUUAUAGAUCACUAUUAUGAAUUGAUUUUAUAGUUGACAUAACCAUCAGAU